GUUGGACAGACUGGGAAGUAAUGUAAUCCCGGCCAGGUGCAGGUGUGCCUAGUUUUGAGAAGACAUUGAAGGGAGUCACAAACGUGGUCUCAUGCUAUGGGUUUUAGAUUGCAGGUGAUUGAUGGGUUGAACAAUUUUUUAGUUUAUAAAAAUUGGGGCUUGAGUUAAAACCAUUUGUCCAGAAGAGGAAGCUGAGAACUUAUGGGAGCAACAGAAGGAAGUACCUAGAAGGGAUUUAUUAUUAUGGCCGUGCUCUCAGGAAGAGCAUGAGACCACACUUGUGACUUCCUUCAGUGUGUGAUGCCAGUGAUGCUGUUGUAAUCCCUUUUUGUUUUAACCGGUCCGGGUUCCUGGUGGACCCCCAACAGCACCUCGUGACAUUGCCAAGCUUGUGGCAUUUGUGCCAGGACUGCAGUGCCAACUGCCUUCCCCUUCUGAACGUGACUUCAGCCCAGUAGUCUGUGCUCACCUUCCUGUCCACCAUGCCCUCAAUGAUUUCUCUUUUCUCUUUAAAGUACACUGGCGUUAUUCUUACUUUAACAUAAACUCUUCUCUUUACAGAUGUGUGUUCUCACUCCCCAACUGAAGUAAAAGCGAAGCACGUGGGAACAGAGUCUGUGUCUCCUUGCUGGGUAUUCCCUGUAAUGCUCUGCCCAGAAAUGCCGUGGUUAAUCCACUUGUGGCGUGCGGUGGACAGCCUGGAGGGAGAGGCGUGUGAAAGGAGAGGACUGGCUCUCCGGGCUUGGGGUAGUGCUAGUAACGUGGGAACGUGGCUGCGGCUCCCUCACUCCUAGAGUCCUGGCAGUCCUGGCACUACAGAAAUAGUUAUCCAAUCACAAUGGACAGGGCACUUGAAACGUUCUUUUGGGUUGAUGGAAGGUGGGGAACAGAACUAGGUUUGUAAAAUUAGGAGGAAAGGGGGAAGGAAGAAACCUCUUGGCUGAACACAGGUCUCUGGGUUUUCUGUCCUGCGUUAUUCUAAAAAGCACCCUCGGUCUUCUCAUUAAUAGAGAAGUGAAAUCUGCCAUUUCCUGCUGCUGGCUCACAGAAGGUUUCACAUCUCCUUUGGCUGCCUGAGCAGAGACCAGACAUGAGAGAGGGAACUCCGUGUGGCCCCAGCGCGCUGGCGCUGGCGGGUGGCCACCCCCGCGCAGGCACGGGACCUCACCGCCAGCAUUCCUGUGCCACUGCAGGCUUUGUAGACGGUCAAAAGGAUCCUCAACCCCCGCUCCUGGGAGGUGGCUUUAUAGCCCAUGUGGAAAGUGCCUGUCUGUUGGAUGAUGAUGGGACUCCAAAGGAUUUCGCAUAUUGUGUCUCCUUCAACAAGGAUUUGCUGACCUGCUGGGAUUCGGAGGAGGGCAAAAUGGCCCCUCAUGAAUUUGGGGCACUGAAUUUCUUGGCCAAGUACCUCUCAGAUUACCUCAACCAACAGGAACCCCUGAUCCAGCGCUUGUCUAAUGGGCUCCAGGACUGUGCUGCACGUACCCAGUCCUUCUGGGGAUCACUGACCCACAGGACAAGGCCACCGACUGUGCAAGUAGCCAAAACCACUCCUUUUAACACGAAGGAGCAUGUGAUGCUGGCCUGCUACGUGUGGGGCUUCUAUCCAGCUGAUGUGAUCAUCUCGUGGAGGAAGAACGGGCAGCCUGUCCCUCCUCACAGUAGCGCCCCUAAGAUGGCCCAGCCCAAUGGAGACUGGACAUACCAGACUGUCUCCUAUUUAGCUACCACCCCCUCUUACGGGGACACCUACACCUGUGUGGUGGAGCACAUCGGGGCUCCUGAGCCCGUCUGCGAGGACUGGACAGCUGGGCUGUCCCCGAUGCAGACAGUGAAGGUUUCUGUGUCUGCAGUGACUCUGGGCCUGGGCUUCAUCAUUUUCUCUCUUGGUUUGCUCAGCUGGAGGAGAGCUGGCCCCUCUGGCUACAUUUUGCUCCCUGGGGACAGUUAUCCUGAAGGUCAACACGUCAAUUAGAGGCAGAGUCCUACACCUUCUGCCCCAAGUGAGGAGAUUCAAACUCUUAGUGAUGCUGUUGUGUCCCUCCAACAUUCUCAGACCCUACAGAUUUUCUUGGAUCCUGUGGUUUCUCCAUCCAGAUCUUUGAACUUCCCAGCCCACCCCAUGUACACCUUAGCAAGCUGGGGGAACUCAUUCCUGGGAAUAUUCUGUAAUCAAGAUGUUGUCCAAGGCUAUAUUUCUGGGUCGAAUAUCAUCUGGGGAGGGAGGUUAGAGGCCUUUCUGGAGGCCGCGCAGUGCCACAGGGGUCAGUGAGUCACUGGAGAUCAUCUCUGAGGAAUAAACUCUGGUGGAAAUAUCA